ACUAUAUAUACUUAUACAAAUAGCACAUAGAAUUAAAAAGCAAAUAACUAACACAUCUUUUUAAAAUUCAAGAAGCCAAGAACACUUUUUUUUUAAAGCUCAUAAAAGAAACAUUUUUCCAAAUUAAUGGGGCGUUGGAUGAAACCAGAGGUUUACCCUCUAUUGGCUGCAAUGACUUUUGUGACAAGCAUGUGUGUCUUCCAGUUAACAAGAAACUUGAUUCAGAAUCCUGAUGUUAGGAUUAGGAAAAGUGGUCGCACAAAUGGAGUGUUUGACAACGAAGAAGAAGGAGAGAAGUAUGCUAAGCAUGGUUUGAGGAAUUUCCUUCGUACUCGACCACCUGAAGUUAUGCCAACCAUCAACCACUUCUUUAGUCAACAAAAAUGAAGAAAUAUAGUUUCAUUUUCAUAUAUACUAAAAAUAUUUCAAUACUUGAAAUAAAGUGUUUAUUUGUCAUAUAUAUAUUGUUGACAUGUAUGGAUGAUAAUUUCAUGUA